AUGUCAGGACCACACGAGACGGAGGCACCUGUCACACAGUCAGAGUCCUCGGAUCAUUCAGGGCUUCCUGUGCGGUUUGAGGAAUUCACCUCUGCGAUUGAUCGUUGUGUUACAUUGCUUUUGGCGACUUUUCAAUGUGGUGGCCAUGUUUGCUUAUUCCAUCAUCCACAGUCUGCAGUGUGGAAGUUACCCCUGGUCCAACACUUCUUACUCGACAUUUCGGCACUUUGUGUCUUGGUGGAAUUCGCACAGUGGCAAGGCGAUGAACAGGACUUUGGCCUUUUCGCUUCUUCGUUUCAGGGUUUUGCUAAGUUGGCGUCCGAUGUGACUUCGAGGGACAGGAGUGAGGCUGUCAUUCAAACUGGACUGCGAUCACCCAGCAUUCCGGUAUCAUUGGCUACAGCUACCAUUGAAGUCUUAUCUCCCAUGCAGCCCGCUUCUGGACCCAAGGAUCUCACAGUUGCCGAAGCAAAACAAUUGUUGCCUUCCAAGCCUUUUGGAAACCCUCCAUUUGCUUUUCAGGAUGGAGGGGGCAUUGGGUCUUGCCCUGAUUGGAGCUGUCCACCACCAGGUACACCCAACGUGCUUUUGGAUCUUCGACAAUCCUGGAUGUCGUUCUUGCUUCGGAUCAAGUUGCCACUACGUUUGCGAGACCUUGUGCGUUCCGGGGGAGAAGGCUCAUUGUUCACCUAUGAGGAAAUUGCCGAGCUUCGUAGCAGAUUCCAGCUCUGGGCCCGUCGGAAAGGGGACAUUGCUGACAUCAACUGGCAAAUUGACGAUGGGCAACCAUAUUGCUUGCAUGCAUUACGAAAAUUAAUUUCGCUGAUUAUGGACAAGGACACUUCGCUUUUUCCUUGCUUGAUUGAAGGAGUUCCUACUGGAUUUGACAAGAACAUUCCCAAAAGCAACGUUUUUGCGCCACGGGGAUCGGACUCCACUAUUGAUGCUGAGCUGUUGCUUUGCGAGGGCAAUUGGUCGUCUGCUGAAGCCAACCCAGAAUUGCUUAGACAACUGGUGGCUAAAGAAGUGGAAGCUGGUUAUUUGGUCCCAGUGUCUUUGGAAGAGGCCCGGCAACGAUGGCCAAAUCGUUUGGCAGUGGGAAAGCUGAGUAUUGUCUCCUCCGAUGGUCGACCCGACAGGUUGGUGGUUGAUAACAGCAUCUGCAAUACCAAUGCUUUGUGUGAGAUCAAUGAGACUUAUACCCUCCCGUUGUUGGGGUCUGUCCGGGCCUGCUUGCCUCUUCGAGGCCUGCCUUGCGAGCUAGCUGCUUGCACUAUUGACGUGGUAUGGAUUGGCUGGUGCGUUAACGUCCGCGCGGGUUGCUUUUCAAUUCCACGCAGCAAACGACUGAAACUGCAUCUCCGUGUGCAGAAGUUGCUGGCCGAUCCGAAGAAUGUGCACAAGCGGGAUUUGCACAAAGAUGUCUUCGAUUGCAUCGACGAAGACAUGCGUUUCAUCCGCGCGCCUACGGGCACAGCCAUUCCUGUGGGGGCUAAGCUGCUGGAGGUGAAGCGGAAACUCUCCGCUAACAGUAUUGCUUUCCUCCAGUUUUGGCUGCAUUGGUGCAAGCUUCCUACAUUGCUCCGUCCUUUACAGUUUCCGGCCAGAACUACCAUGGUAGCAGCAGCGGACGCCAUGGGCUCAGGAACCAAAUUUGCAAUCGGUGGCUUUGUCAAACUUUCGACAGCCACGAUUUGGUUCAGCGAAUGUUUCCAACUGGUGGAUUUUGCUUUUGCAGGGAUUGAACUCAGUGCCAAUGCAUCCGACAACAUCUCUUGCUACGAAUGUCUGGCUCAGAUUGCGUUGCUUCAUUGCGUGUCUGCAGUUACACCGGGUGGACGAAUGGCAGUUCGGAUCCCAAGCUGGACACGGGGACAUGCCAGAGUCGCAGCUCUAAAUGCAGUCUAG